AUGAGGUAUUCAGUCAUCGCAUACGUCUUUUGUAUCGUGGGACUCACUCCCAGUAAAACAAUAUACGACCACCUAUAUCUCCUCUUCACCGGCUACGCUUUCCACAUCUACUCCGUCCACACCACCCAACACCGCCGUUUAAGCAUGCCCGACAACUUCGACCAAUCGCAAGCCCUUCUAUCCCAAUCCGAUUCCCAGACCAACUCCGGCAAUAGCAGCAUGUCCACCACCAACGACAUCAAACAACACCGCCGCUACUCGCGUUGGUGCCGCGUGCUCCUUGUCACGCAAGUCGUGCUGCAGAGUGUGUAUCUGGGCUCGAACUACUGGACAAACGGGCAUCUGACGGUUUUGCAAAUGACGACCGCGGGGUUGUAUGUAUUGGGUGCGGCGCUUAUGGAGAUUGAUUUGAGGAGGAAGGAGAGGGAGUUUUGGGAUAUGGUGGAGAAGGGGGGGAGGAAGGAUGUCGAGAAGGGGAGGCUGGCUUGGGAGGAGGGGGCUGAUGAGAAGACGGGGUUUUUGAGCGAGAAGGCGGGAGGGGGAGAGGAGGGAUACAUGGGCCGGGGUGAUGGUGAAGAGAAGGUGGAAGUAAGGGCGGAAGAGAUGAAGGAGGACGAUGAGAUUCACAACAUCUGGUCCGACAACGAGCACCAGCCCGAACGCGCAUUCUCCCGUCACAUCCCCGGCGAAAUCAGAUCAAAAGAAAGUGACAUUGAAGGCAUCACCAUCGACACCACGUACGGUACCGACUGUCAUGGAGACGACUUCGAUACUUACAUCUACUUCACCAUCGUAUACACCAACGGCACACUAGCCUACGACCCGCGCGGCCGACCCGGUCUCUUCUCCUUCUCAACCCCAUGGUACCUCUCAUACCCAAAAACGCUGCGCAAAGCCAUCUUCAACGAUCCGACCCCGUAUCGCUCCAAACAAAAAUCCGAGGACUAUUGA